AUGACUUCUCACAAUCAUCAUUCUUCUCCUCCCCAUUUACCCUCUGCCUCACCAUCUUCAUCCCCUCAUAGUGCUCUACUCACUACUCCUCACACUCAAGUUACUGGUGGAGAGUCUCAACACAGUGACGACAUGACCGCAACUCCAGCAGCACCGCCACCAUCAUUGCCCCCUGUUGGUUCAGACCCUCCGACCAGCUCUACGACACCUCUGAUGAACAAUCCUUCUGCACCUGCUGCUACGCUUCUUCCACCAUCUCAGAUUACUGGAUCCAAAGGAGAUAAACUCAGUCACUAUGAAGGCCGGACAAAGACAGCGCUGUGCAAGGCUAUGCGUGGGUAUGAAGGACAUCUUGGGGCCAUCAGCAUGUGUCCAGAUGAGGAUAUGCAGUCGAGUUGGGCCCAAGAGGAGUGGCACAUCCGAUUUGAUAGCGACGAACAACCAAUCAAGCUUAGCGAUGAAAUGCUCAAACUGAUAAGAAAGCAUGGUGUGCGUGUUCGAAGCUUCAUGAGGGACCAGAUCAAACCACUCAUAUGCCCUGCAUAUGGGUUUGUUGCUGGCACCGAAUCUGAAAACACUGUCCGAGAGAACAAGCAAAAAUGUAUAGAGCUCAUGACUGCACUUGGCUUCUACUACAAGGAUGCUACUACACGCACGGGCUAUUUUAAUAGUCUGAUUCUCUUCGACGCCAUCAGUCAUGCCUUUUUCUACAACAAAGAUGCUCCGGGACUCGCAUUCCCUGAUCGCUUUAACCCGAUUCCCAUUCCAGCCUUGGCAUUCAUUUUCACUGUGAUUGAACACUGCUUAAAUGAAUGGUCUACUGGGAGCUACAAGGCGCUGAUCUUCAACGAAACUGAGGCUAGUGUGCGCUACCAUGAACACCAUCUCCCUGCCGUGAAGGAGUGGGCAGAAAUAUCACCAGACUUGACAACAGUCUUGCGGAAGGCCUGGUAUACGAAAGCAAGGAAACAAGCAGGAGCAGCAGGCCUUCAGACCCCAGCAGCACCUCUCAAAUUGUCUGAUUCUGCGAGGGACCUGGCAUACGAAGAAAUGAAGGCAAUGGCCGUGGCGCUUGAUGAGGAACCGCAAGCGGAAGGUGAAGCCGAGGAGGCAGUGGAAUGA